CGCGCAUAAACGCGACGCGCAAGUCGCGCAAUAGUUAUAACAAGAAGAAUUUAUGAUUUCUCAAAAUCGUAUAUUUUACUAUCUUAAUCGUAUUUAUUACGAUUUCACAUCUCGUUACCACAGAAAAACGAGAAACAAUCAAAUUCCAAAAUAAAUUCUGGGGAGAUUUAAAAAACCAAGUUCUUCAUACUCUAACCUAAAAAUAGAUGUUUUGAUUUUCAAAAUGGUCCGUCCCCCAUGUAAACAUCGAAAAUCAAAGGUUUUUUAAAAAUUGAGUGAAUGAAAAAAAGUUACGAAAAUAUUCAUGGAAUUUCAUUUUUGAUGUUGCUUCGAAUGGGAUUGUUCGAAAAUACUGAUAAUCAAUUCUCGAUUCGGAAACGUUGGAAAUAGAAGCGCAAAUCGUGAGAUCAUCAAUGUUUGACGUUUUUUGACAUUGUUCGAUCGUAACAGUCCAAAUUUUGAGACCUGUGCCAGAGAUCGACUCCAAAAUGCAGAGUAGAACAACUCCGGAUGGAAUCUGUUUUUCCAUAGCUGAUGAAUCUUCGAUUUGCCUUGUCUGCCAAGAUGCUCUCGGGAUUUCAACUUCUCUCAAUAUAUUUUACACCUCUAUGCCACGGAGUGGAGAAUCCCUGGCUAAUUUUGUUCUCAGAGUCCUGCGACUCUGUUCCAGUGAGCUUCGCAGCUCUUAUAUUUGUCUAAGAUGUUACGAGCUCUUUAGAACUCUUGAACAAGCUCAAUGGACCGCCAACAAUGCUAAAUGCCAAAUUUUUGAAGUUUUUCAAUCAAAAAGUUGUGACGAGUCAUCAAAAAUACUUGACACCAAUUUGCGGAAUCAAAUUUCAAUGAGCAAUGCACAAAAAGUCUUCGAAGAGGAAUUGCAAAAUUCGUUAUUGACAGACUCAAACCACGAUGAAAAAGCAAUUGACAAGGAAUUGCAAGACUCAAUUUCGACACAUAAUGGCCAAAGUGCACUUGGUGUCGAAUUACAUAAUUCAAUUUCUAUAAAUAAUGGUCAAAAAGUACUUCAUCAGGAACUACCGAAUUCGAAUUUCCAUGGCGGCUAUGAAAAUGUGUGUGAAGUGUCAAAAGUACUUGACAGCAACCUACCGAGCUCAAUUCCAAACAACGAGGGUAAAAAAGAAUUGGGCAUCGAUUUACAUCCGUUAAUUAUCUCGAGAAACGGUCCAAAAAAUGAGGAAAUCGAUUAUGGCAGCGAUUACAGCAAAAAUCAAGAAACGUUCGAUCGAAUCGAUUCUAUUUAUCAAUCUAACAUGAAUUCGAGAGGCAAUCUUGAAAAUUUCACGCAAAAUGGUCUUGAGCAACGUUUGGAAAACGAAACGACAAUAGAUUCGGAAAUUUCAGCUACAAUUUCCCAUCCGGAAGUCGAAAAAGAUCCCAGUGAACCAAAAUCGCCAAAACGCACUUGGAAAUCAGGCAGAAUUUCAAAAUAUAGUCAAAAAUCUCUCAAAUACAGUUGCACAAUGUGCCACAAAAAGUGGAGAACUGCAGCGGAGUUAAGAACUCAUGUGAAAUCGCAUUCGAAUCUACGGCCAUACAUGUGCGAAAAAUGUGGGCAAGCUUACAAGCACAAACACGCCUUGGAAAUUCAUAUCGGCAUGCACAAUGGAAUUAGUCCAUUUAAAUGCAACAUUUGUGACAAAUGCUUUACGCAGAAAGGAGCUCUGAUGAGACAUCUGCCGAUGCACACAGGAGAAACACCUUAUCAGUGUGAACUCUGCGGCAAGCGCUUUGUUCAUCACACUUCUUACAACAUGCAUGCGCUCUCACAUACUGGCAAAAAAUCUUACCAAUGCCUCGUUUGCGAUCUAUCGCUGCUGUCGACUUCCCACUUGAAGCGUCACAUGAGAGUCCACACCGGCGAAAAACCAUUCAGCUGUUCUCUGUGUGGCAAAAGCUUUGCGGAACGAUACAAUUUGUUUGCGCAUCAGAAAACUCAUGAUCCGGUUGAGAUAAUGGCGAGGGCAGCGAAAAAAGUGUCUUUCAAUUGCGACCUCUGCGAUGAGCAUUUUGACAAAAAGCAAAAGCUCCAGGAGCACAAAAUACAGCACGAAAGAGGCGAAAUAUCAGCAACCGACAAAAAAUGGAUUGGCCACACAAUCGAAGUGAAUUCAACCACGAAUGACGUUCAGUUGCCAAGCAUCCAAGAAAGCAAUCACCCUGAAGAAUCAUGGCGGAAGAUCGGUUACGAAAAAUUCACUGGUCCUCAGAUUCAGUUCAAAUCUCAGGGGCCUGAUAAUCAAAUGACUGAGGAAUCAUUUAAUAUUCUCAUGGCUCAGGAUAACUACAAUGGAACACUAUCGAAUGCGUCUUCGAAACCAGGAAAUCUGGUGGUUGUUGAUCAAGCGCAAGUUUGACGAUUCGUUUCCGUACUCUCAAAAUGUUUUUCUCCUUUUAUCGACUUAACAUUUUACAUUUUGUAAGUAGAGAAUUAUGACUGAAAACAUUUUCUCGUAGCAUGACAAAACGUUUGUAAAUUGAUUCCUCAUCCGAUUACUGAUUUUUAUAGUAUAAUUGACCGUCAUCGAAAUUUACGAUCGAACCCUCGUUCGAGUUACGAAAUGAUGGAAAAAUGUAAUUCAAGAGUUCCUCAUUAACUUAAGUCAUUUAAAAACUGUCAAAUUUAUUGAAAUCGUCUUUGUUCCUUCGUUCCAGUAAGGGAAUACGAAAAGACGAAUUUUUUCUAGAGAAUAAAAGACUUUUUUAUA